AUGCGCCACUCUCCGGGCACCUGGCAGCCCUGGGCCAUAGGGCAGGUGGCAAGAGAUGGCAGGGUCAGGCAGCAUGGACGCCUGAAAUUCGGCAACGUUGUCACUGUCAUCCCCGUGCUAGCCCUUCCGCAGCUUCGUCGAAGACAUGCGCGCCAGUCCCGAGCCUUGCGGGGAGUGGCACAGGUCGAUGUGAUCUACAGCUGCUUGAGUAUGGAAGCGGCAGAGAAACUGCAGACGCUGCAUGGUUUGGAAACUCCAGAGCUGCAGGCAGAAGCCAUUUUUCGUCUCUUUCCAUAUGUGUUGGACCCUCCACAACAAAACGCUGGGAUGGAGCUGAGCAGGGGCAAGGAUGUCAUGUGCUGCCUCCCCACUGGUUCGGGUAAGACAGCCCUUGCAGUGUUUGCUGCAUGGCAAGCUCUGAUGAGAGGUGGUCGGCUGAUCUAUACCUCGCCCUUGAAGGCGUUGAGCGCGCAGAAGCGAAGAGAAUUCGCAACAAUUUUUGGAUUUGAGGCCGUGGGCCUUGUUACUGGUGAUCAUUGCAUCAUUCCAGACGCGCCGCUGGUGGUGAUGACAACAGAGAUCCUACGAAACAAGCUGUAUCCUGGGAAGGCCCCAGUCUUUACAGAGCCAGAGCUGCCACUGAUGGUGGUCCUUGAUGAGCUUCAUUGGAUUAGCGAUCCAUCCCGUGGCAGAGCGUGGGAGGAGAUCAUCAUCAACAGCCCGGAAUGGAUGCAAUUUCUGGGACUUUCUGGAUCCGUGGGUGGAGAUCCGCAGAAGUUUUGUGAUUGGAUGAGUUCCAUCCGAUGCAGAGCGUGCAGUCUGGUUCGCUCGCAGUUCAGGCCAGUGCCGCUGCAUUUUUACAUGAUGAUGAGGAGCAGCGGAGAGCCACGGCGACAGAGGUGCUUUCGCCUCUGGUCCGAAAAGGUGGAUGAACAUGAUGAACACGUCAGUCAAGAUGUUCCUGAAAUUCAUCCUAAGCUUCAAGCGACACGUGAACAAGCGGAGCCUGUUUGA